UAAUGCUCAAAACAACUUGUGACGAGAAACAAAUAGAAUAGCCUGUUGCGCAGAAAACGGGAGAAAGAAUACAAUUAAUUCGCAAUUAACAAUGUAUAGAUCAGCAAAUAAAGAACGCAAACAGUGAAACGAAAACAAUUGGAACGUAAAUUACAAAAAAAAAAAAUAAUAAUAAAUAACAAAAGAAGAAAUAUAAACAGUUUACAAGCAAAGUAAAAGCCAAAACGACAACGCAGCAACGAAUCAGCCCGCUACCAACGAAACAACAAGCAACUCGAAGUCUCUGGUUCAUAAAAUUUAUUUUCGUGUUUAGUAAAUAACGAUAGCCCCGGGUCCCGCGCAGGUCCGCCUGCCAACGAACGCGUGCGCUGCUCUCUGUGUUUAUGUGUGCGUGUGUGUCAAAAAUUUAAGCAAAAUCUUCUGCGCAAGCAGCGCACUGCCAGACGAGCUGACAAGAGACAGCAGACAGUAGACAGCAGAUAAACAACAUUGCCAGUGCCACCAGACGCGUCGCGAAGCGCUCGGUGCUCAGUGUUCGGUGCUCGAGGUCAGCUCAGGCCCAUUUCGCGCACGGCCGUCCAGCCAACCACCCGCAACACAACACGCGCAAGCAGCAGCAGCAGCGUUGAAAAGCGUCAACACAUCGCUGCGAUAUUAGCGCUCAUCAAAAAACAAUAGAGCUAACGCGAUCCGAAAAUAACCACUCACACCUACGGGGCUGUUUUUAUUGUUUAACUGAUAACCCGUGCUCGCUUGUUGGCGCGCCGUGCUGAUAAAGAUCAAGCACAAGCACACAAACACACAUUGUUGCUCUUAGGGGUAUAUCGUCCACACCUGUACCCGCAACCGCAACCGCACCAGCGCCUGCAACCGUAAUCGUCAUUUGUAUGCCACAGGCAUUCACAUUCACCUGCUGACGUCAGUGCGUUUAAUCGUCAAUCGAAAAUGGUACGUCAGCUUGAGUCUUACCACACCAUGAAUGAAGAGGAUCAGAGUGGGGGCGGCUUCAAUGAGACUCCGCUUAAUGAGCUGAGUGCCGAAACACGGAAGCAGCUGGCCUGUAUGCUUAAUCGCAAGAAGGUGCUGCGUUCUGAGGAGGGGUACGAGCGGGAUUGGCGUGGAAUUGCGACGCUAGCUCGCCAGGCUAACUAUAUCCCAGACCAAACACCCAAUCCUAUGGAGCUGGUGCUAAGAAAUUGGACUUUGAACAAUCCCGAGACAGCCACGUUUGGACAUCUGGAAAAAUAUUUGGGCAUUAUCGAUCGUUGGGAUGUUCGCGAUGACAUACAAGAGAAUAUGACCAAGGACACACAGAUCUAUAACAACAAGCAACGACUGCUGGAGCAUGCGCGUGAAUGCCCCUCGCCUAUUCGAGUAUCUACUGAGACCAACAAUAAUCAUUUGGGACGGGAUAUAAACAUUCUCACCGCUGAGGAUGUCACCUGCCUGCAGCAGGGUCGCCCUCUGCCCACCUACAAUGCUUGUGUGCUGUACGCCGAGGCGGACAUUGAACAUGCCACAGAGAUUAUGAGAAACUUAGAAGACCCGCGAUAUAACUUUAAGCUGUUUCUGAAGCACCGUGACCUGCUGGGUGGCGUGCCUUUUGAGCAUGUCGAGCUGUCAAAUUUCAUGGCCACACGAUGCAAUCAUUUGAUUGUUGUGCUAACCGAUGAGUUUCUGAAGAGCCCCGAAAAUAAAUAUCUCGUGAAUUUUACGCACAAGCUACAAAUAGAGAACCAGACACGCAAGAUUAUACAAAUCGUUUACAACCACAACAUGGUUAUACCGCACACGCUAGCCAUCUACACAUAUUUGAAUUACGCAGCUCACUCGAGUCUCUACAACUUUUGGGACAAAUUGGCCAAAUCAUUGUUUGACUUGGAUUCCCUCUCUAUCUACACUUCACGGGAAUUAUAUGCCAGUCCCUCAGCUCCAGAAACUAUCGCAGAAGAUGGAGUGCUCCAUAUCUCCUUGCCGGAGACACCGCGCAUACUUCUCAACGACAAAGAUGUCACCGAUAUGCCCUUAACCGAGCGCAAAUCAAUGGAGCCAGCGCUAGUGACCAUGACAGGCGACACCAGUGCACCCAUCCCAGAGCUAAAGCUAAAGAAGAAAGACAAGCUGCUCCAAAAGCUAACGCUGAAUUUCAACACAACGCCCAGUGGCACCAAAAAACCCCUUAGGCAUGCGUACUCAACCAACGGCAUCAAUAUGCCCGAACGGGAACGAACGCUAAGCGCCAGCAACUCCAACCUAUCCACAACAUCAGAAAGUAAGAAGAGCUCAAUUAAGUGGCGUCCGAAAAUUCUAAAGAAGGUCUUCACGCGCAGCAGCACGAAGUUGCAGGUGCCAAGUUAAAGCACACACACUGGAAAGCUACAGUUGUGCGCCAUGUCACGCCUCAAAUGUGAUUCUACUUAUGCUCCAUGAAUUUCCUUAAUUUUUGACCCUCUCACUUGUGGGCCGUUUGAUUUGAAAACAAACAAGAAAUGCACCGCCACCGCUCCAUUUUUUUUUAGUGAUUUUGUAUGUAAUCCUUAGCCUUAUCCAGCCGACUAACUUAAUGUAUUUAGACGCACUUGUUCAAUUAUAUAAGACAGCAACAAAUAAAGACAAUCUAUAUACAUACGCUAA